AUGAGAAUAUUAAUAUUGCAGGAACUGGUGCCGACCACCACCGUGGAUGACCUACAAGGCGAUCUACAAAUACAAGAAUGGAUGCGAGAGCUGAGGCGUGUAAAACGUGCACCAACUCGAAAUGUCCAACCGAUCGUAGUUGUACUGCCGGGCUUCGAUGCAGCUCGUGCUUCACCGUACUACCAAGAUCGGCUUUACCCGGAACCGUUGAGGCGUCGCAGGGCGAAAAGAGCCAGAUACUGUCCGAUACUAGGUAGAUAA